AUGCAUAACCCCAAGCUAGUUGAGAUUGAAUACUUGUACAAGUGUGUACCCAUUGCAAGAUGUGAUGCAGAAACCAUCAAACUUUUGGGUUUAUGCAACUUGAAAUUCAAGGGAAUUACCAUUCGAAUGUUAUUCCCAAGCAGGAAUAGCAUAUUUGAUGAGGUCUAUAAGUGUCACAUCCAGAUCCUGGUUAUAGUAGUGACAAAAUUAGUCCAUAAUAAGAGCACGGGAAUGAAGUGGAUCUAUGACCCGUCCUUAAUCGGCUUUCCAGAUUUAGGAGAAGACAUGAUAUUCUUAAGCCAUUGGAGUUUGUGGAAUGAACUGAAAGGUGGUGACCAAGUCAUAGUUUCAAUGUUCAUGAGAUCUUUGUUUCAAGUAACUGAGUGGGGCAUCCAGCAUGUACACGAGCAACACCAAGAUCAAGAGAAGAUGAUGAUUAUGAUUGCCCAACAAGACGACAGCACAGUUCCUUCUUUUCCGUCUGUCGUUUUUGGAUGUUUGCCAGAAUUUGAGAUGAUACCAAGAACAUUUUUUCUCUCCAAUGGACCAUUAUCAAGGAGAACAUUGACAUUUGGGCAUUGGAGGGAGUCGGAUUUGUUUGAUGACAUAUUUGGGGAUGGGGACUCACACUACUCUGAUGAAGAAACAGACAAACAAGUGCUGCAACAAGGUGUCCAGAACAAAAUCCAAAAGGUUGAACCACCAAGUAGGCUGCGCAAGUAUCAUGUCCUGUUCAUGUUACGUGUCCUCUACGACAACACACUACUGGCAAGUUGUGCAACUUAG